GUGGGAAGGAAGGGCUGCAGCUCACAGCAACAGAGUUUAGACUGUCUUUGCUUCAUCAUCUGAAGGUAAAAUUUUCCAGCCACGGCCGGCGGCUCGCAGAGUACAAUAAACAGGGACUGAGAACUAUUUGCAUGGACCCCCCUUCCUCAUGAUGCGGUGGAGAAGCCGCGGCCACUCGCUCCUGCCAGAUGUUCUUGGGGUUACUGUACAUGAGGAAGACGAGCAGAGCUAAACAAGAAUUUAAAAAAGACGAAGGAAGGAAAACACCAUCCUGCUCAAAUACAAAGAUCUAAGAGGGUUGUCUUCCCACAUCCUCCAAAGCUGUGAGCAUCAGAACUAAUAUUUUCCCAAAGAGUGCCAUUUUACUGAAAGAGGCGUGUAUCUGCGAAGCAGUCAAGAGACUAGAACCCUGGGAGCCAGAGAUGACAGUGAGCACGCGCUGCUUGUGGCUCACAGUCUUCCAGUGGGGCCUAUCGAUCGGUGACUGACUUCCUGCCUGCUGAGACAUUCCCCCUCCCCGGUUUCCUGGAUCAGACUGCACUAAGGAAUUCAUUACUUACCUUCAAACUUACAUGUUGGCGUUUUCACAGCAGUUCUUUUGAGAUCAUUGAGACUUGCAUUGGUUUCGUCCUUUAACCGAGAGGAACAGAGCCCAGAGCAGUUCUCAUCAUGGCCUUGAACGUUGCCCCCGUGAGAGACACGAAGUGGCUGACGCUGGAGGUCUGCAGACAGUACCAGAGAGGAACGUGCUCACGCUCCGAUGAAGAAUGCAAGUUUGCUCAUCCCCCAAAAAGUUGCCAGGUUGAAAAUGGAAGAGUAAUUGCCUGCUUUGAUUCCCUCAAGGGCCGCUGUUCAAGAGAGAACUGCAAAUAUCUUCAUCCUCCGACACACUUAAAAACCCAGCUAGAAAUUAAUGGGAGGAACAAUUUGAUCCAGCAAAAAACUGCAGCAGCCAUGCUUGCCCAGCAGAUGCAAUUUAUGUUCCCAGGAACACCGCUCCAUCCUGUGCCCACGUUUCCUGUAGGUCCCACCAUAGGGACAAAUGCGGCCAUUAGCUUUGCUCCUUACUUAGCGCCUGUCACCCCUGGAGUUGGCUUAGUCCCAACAGAGGUUCUACCCACUACACCUGUCAUUGUUCCCGGAAGUCCACCGGUCACUGUCCCGGGCUCAACUGCAACUCAGAAACUUCUCAGGACUGAUAAGCUGGAGGUAUGCAGGGAGUUCCAGCGAGGAAACUGUGCCCGGGGAGAGACAGACUGCCGCUUUGCACACCCGGCAGACAGCACCAUGAUCGACACAAACGACAACACCGUAACCGUUUGUAUGGAUUACAUAAAGGGGCGUUGCAUGAGGGAGAAAUGCAAAUAUUUUCACCCUCCUGCACACUUGCAGGCCAAAAUCAAAGCUGCGCAGCACCAAGCCAACCAGGCCGCGGUGGCCGCCCAGGCAGCCGCGGCCGCGGCCACAGUCAUGGCCUUCCCUCCUGGUGCUCUCCAUCCUUUACCAAAGAGACAAGCACUUGAAAAAAGCAAUGGAGCCAGCACGGUCUUCAACCCCAGCGUCUUGCACUACCAGCAGGCUCUAACCAGUGCACAGUUGCAGCAGCACACGGCGUUUAUUCCUACAGGGUCAGUUUUGUGCAUGACACCCGCUACCAGUAUUGUACCCAUGAUGCACAGCGCUACGUCCGCCACUGUCUCUGCAGCAACAACUCCUGCAACAAGUGUCCCCUUCGCAGCAACAGCCACAGCCAAUCAGAUAAUUCUGAAAUAAUCAACAGAAAUGGAAUGGAAUGCCAAGAAUCUGCAUUGAGAAUAACUAAACAUUGUUAUUGUACAUACUAUCCCGUUUCCUCCUCAAUAGAAUUGCCACAAACUGCAUGCUAAAUUUAGUUCUUCUGGACAGACCACAACCCUAAGGCUAGUUCUGCUAUGUCAUAUAUGAGUAUUAAAUAUGGUAUGCUUAGUAUAUUCCAGCCUAAGAUAGUUAACUACCUGAGACCAGCUGCGAUGUUCAAAGACAUACAGGAUGAGGUUUUCUUUUACAGGGUUCUGAGCAUAGUUUCUGUCCCAGGAAUAUUGUCGUAUCUCCAUAACUAUAGCUGAUGCAGAAAGUCCAGCCAAUAUACUCAUUUCGACUCAGAAUAUUUCAAAUUUAGCAAUAAACAGUUAGCUUUAGUUUAAGUACCUAUUCCAAGGGCAGGUUCGAUUCUAACUCCAGUCACAACCAUUUCAUUUCCUGACCGGAUCAAAGGGUAUGAUUCACUUCUUGAGGAGACGGACACUCGCAGCAGAGACGAGAAGUGAAGUAAAACACGCACCUGCCUCGCAGGUCUAAAGUCUGAGUGCAGUUCAAGCACAAUUGCCCAGGGGACACAUCAGAAUGUGGGGUUCGCUUUGCCAGGAGAUGCCGCACUGAAUCAUGGGAUUCUAGAAUAACAUUGCAUAGAUUGAAAAAAAAAAAAAACUUUGCACGGUAUGAGCUUCAUACCCAACCCAACAAAGUCUUGAAGGUAUUAUUUUACAAGUAUAUUUUUAAAGUUGUUUUAUAAGAGAGACUUUGUAGAAGUGCCUAGAUUUUUGCCAGACUUCAUCCAGCUUGACAAGAAUGAAAGGCUUAUGCCAAUAGUCGAAUCUAAGGGAUUGGUCUUUCAAACUCGCCCUCCGGUUGCCUGUUACUGAAUAACUCUUCUAAACUAAAACCUAGUCAAACAGGGAAGCUGUAGGUGAGGAGGUCUGUAUAAUAUUCCAGUUUAAGUACGUCUGACUUUAGUCACUACAGAUGCAAACUGUGACUUUAAUCUAAAUUACUAUGUAAACAAAAAAAGAAGUAGAUAGUUUCACUUUUUAAAAAAAUCCAUUACUGUUUUUUGCAUUUUAAAAGUUGGAUUAAAGGGUUGUAACUAACUACAGCAUGGGAAAAAAUAGUUCUUUUAAUUCUUUCACCUUAAAGCAUAUUUUAUGUCUCAAAAGUAUAAAAAACUUUAAUACAAGUACAUACAUAUUAUAUAUACACAUACAUAUAUAUACUAUAUAUGGAUGAAACAUAUUUUAAUGUUGUUUACUUUUUUUAAAUACUUGGUUGAUCUUCAAGGUAAUAGCGAUACAAUUAAAUUUUGUUCAGAAGAGUUUGUUUUAAAGUUUAUUUUAAGCACUAUCGUACCAAAUAUUUCAUAUUUCACAUUUUAUAUGUUGCACAUAGCCUACACAGUACCUACAUAGUUUUUAAAUUAUUGUUUAAGAAAUGAAACAGCUGUUAUAAAUGGAUAUUAUGUGUAAUUGUUUAAAACAUCCAUUUUCUUUGUGAACAUUUUAGUGAUUGAAGUAUUUUGACUUUUGAGAUUGAAUGUAAAAUAUUUUAAAUUUUUGGUAUCAUCGCCUGUUCCAAAAACUAGAGGCAUCCAACCAUAUUGGUUUUUUUUUUUUGAUUGAGGAAAAAAAUCUGCAUUUAAUUCAUGUUGGUCAAAGUCUAAUUACUAUCUAUUUAUCUUACAUCAUAGAUCUGAUAACUGUAUCAAAAAGAGAAAUCACAUUCUGAGUGUAAUCCUGCGUAGUGCUUAUAUUGUGUUUGUUUUCAUUUGUGGGAAGGUAUUGUAUCUAACUUGUAUCACCUCAAGAGCUCUCAUCUUUAUGUAUUAUUGAUAUUUGUAACUUUCUCAGCUAUAACAAUGUAGUUACGCUACAACUUGCCUAAAACACUCAUACUUAUUUUUUUUUCCUUUACUUACGCAUUUAAACUCAUUGAGAAGAUAGUAGACUAAAAAGGUAAAUUAUGGGAAUCACUGAAAUAUUUUUGUAGACUAAUUGUUGUAACUGUCUUUUUUUCCUUUCAUUUCAUGAUUUUUUAUUUUAAAGAUUAUUAGCACAUAGCUAUUUUCAGCCCUUUAAUAAUUGAGCAUCAAAACAUGACCUGUAUCCCCCAGCAAAUAUAGAUGACUGUAUUUUUUACUAUGAUAUCCAUUUUCCAGAAUUGUGAUUAUAAUAUGCAGAGUCAAAUAUGCCAUUUACAAUAAGGAGGAGGCAAGGCAAAUGCAUAGAUGUACAAAUAUAUGUACAACAGAUUUUGCUUUUUAUUUAUUUAUAAUGUAAUUUUAUAGAAUAAUUCUGGGAUUUGAGAGGAUCUAAAACUAUUUUUCUGUAUAAAUAUUAUUUGCCAAAAGUUUGUUUAUAUUCAGAAGUCUGACUAUGAUGGAUAUAAUCUUAAAUGCUUUGUUUAAUUACAAAAACAAAAUCACCAAUAUCCAAGACAGGAAGAUAUCAGUUCAACAGCUACUGUAGUUAGGAAACUAACUCCACCUACACGGGAACUCCAUCUCACUCUUGGUUUUCAGGACAUAACAGCACUUCACAGAAAUAUUCUUUCAGCCAUACACCACUGGUCACAUUUCUACUAAAUCUUUCUGUAACACUUCUUAAAGAAUUCCCUCAUUCAUUAUCUUACAGUGUAAACAGGACUCUAAUUUGUAUCAAUUCUAUGUUUUGGUUGUAAUAUUCAGUUCACUCACCCAGUGUACAACCAAUGAAAUAAAAGAAGCAUUUAAAAGGA